GGGAUAUUCCCAUACAGGAAGACGGCCAUGUCCUUGUGACUAUGCCAGAUCUGUUCAAAUCUUUCCUUGCCGCCGAACCCACCAUUCGCCCAGACUACGAAAAGUGUCAAGAAGAUACGGCGCAAUGGCUCAUCGAAAGACUCGCUUUCGAUAGCAAGGCUGCAAAGAAACUGAUCUUGGCCGAUUUCACGUAUUUCGUGCAAACAUGGGUGCCAGGCACACCGUAUGAACGAUUUCGACUUGCCAACGACUGGACGAACCUUUUCUUCUACUACGACGAUUUGUUCGACGACGGAGAGUUGAAGAACGACCCGAUACGGGCACAAGCGACCGUGGACCGUCUCUUCGCUGCUAUCGAUGGCGAUUUUGUCCCUGCCGAUCCCCACGAUCCGAGCUUGGACUAUGUCGACAGAAACCAAGCCGCACACGAUGAGUUCUGGCAGAGACUACGUGCUCUGGCCUCUCCGGGGCAACGACGACGUUACAGACGAUCGAUGUUCAACUAUUUUAGCGGUGCACUGCGGCAAGUCCUGGACUGCGAGAACCACUUCGAAUACGACAGGAGUUUGGACGAUAUCUUGGAACGGAGAAGAGACUCGGUUGGCAUGGAGGGUGUGCUUUCGUUGCUUUACUUUGCAUUCAAUCUCGAGAUAGACGAUUCUGUCAUGGAGGAUCCGAAGAUGAAGGAGAUCGAAGGACUGUGCAUAGAUCUGUUCGUGCUGCAGAACGAUGUUGCCAGUCACCGGAAAGAAGAGGUAUGCCAUGCAUGCACUACUUACUGAUCGUCGACGCUGUAACGAUCGAUGCUGACCGAAUCCCACCUACUCAUCAGGCUGAGAACGUUACACACAACAUGGUGGCCACCUGCCGUCUCAACGGUAUGAGUGCACAAGAAGCAUACGACCACACCGGCGCCAUGAUCGAUAGCCGCCUCGCUCGAUUAGACCAGUGCAUCGCCGAACUCCCGUACGUCGACGACCAGGUAGCAACCUAUAUCCAAGGAAUGAAGAACGUGCUCAUCGC